AUGGCAAUCCGUCGCUCCAACAUGGGAUUCCUGCUGCUGCUGGUGGCCCUGGCUUGCACCCUGCUGUGCUCACCUCGCGCAGUGCCGCGUGCCCUAGUGGUAGCAGAUGAAGCUCCAGCAGAUGAUGAUGGCGACACUUUCUUCACCAAGGUCUUCGCCGCAGCUGCGCAGGGUUGCACCGCCGCAUUUGUGGCUGCCAUCCUGUCGGCCAUGAGCGAACCUGUGGUGAACCGAUUGUUGGUGAAGAGAAUGACUGUCUCUGCGGCCUUGAACGAUGUCCAGAUUGCGGACGUCGCAAAGUUCUUCCUCACCACCUUCCCAACCAACAUGCUGAAGUUCCCGGUCUUCGAGGUGAUCAACAGGGCCAUGAUGUUCACCUCGCUGUCUCCUGGGGUUAGUGGCUUUGUCAGUGGCUGGCUGUUUUGCACCAUCAUGUUGCCCGUGACCAACUACCGCUUUAGAAAGAGCAUGGGCUGGCCCAUCAAGCCCGAACUCCUCUAUCAGGCUUACAUCCCAACGGUUGUCCGCGACAUCCUCUACGGAUGGGCACGAGGACUUGCUGGGCCAUUCCUGUUGGACUUGUUCGCCCCAACCACCUUCUUUCACAAGGCAGCGGUCUUCGGCCUGACCAUCUGGGCCUCUUGCAUCCUCUCCUCUCCUUGCAACGAGUGGCGUGGCUUCACUCUGCAACCUCCAGAGAAGAAACUGCCAUUCUGGGAGUACUUCAAGCCCAUCAACUAUGCCCGAUCCACAGGAAUUGGCUCCACCAUCAUGGGCAUUGCCUUGAUGAUUGGCAUGUUGGUGACACCCUAUGCUGAAACGGCAUUCGGGUAUUUGAAGGAACAUGUUGCAGUGGCCCUCAGCGUUGUGGCACUGAUUGUGGCCCUUGCGAAGUGA